AUGCCUUCUGUCGCCUCCACCUGGGCCUCGCCGCCCACACGCACGCCGCUAAUCGAGAAUUUGGUAUCGGGAGUCGACAGAUACAACCCCAACAAUGUAGGCAUUCUAGAGGACUAUCUCUACCACCAGAUCCGGAGCGAAGAAUAUGACUGUCUCGCCAACCUUGCCAUUCUGAAAUUAUAUCAGUUCAACCCAGACUUGUACAAUGCCGAUGUUGUGAUCAACAUCCUCAUCAAAGCCCUCACCUCCGCGCCUUUCCCCGACUUCAACCUCUGCAUCUCCCUCCUCGACGAACGCCCCGUCAACACAAACCCAGACGAGCCCGAUCCCCUUCCUUCCCUCCUUCCCACCCUUACAACGCUUCACAACCUCCUACAACAAUGUCGCUUCCCGGCCUUCUGGGCGAUGUACCGUUCUGACGAAGUCGAGUCGUUGCGGGACAACUACACUGUCGAGUGUGUGGGUUUCGAGAAUUCCGUGCGAGACGUAGUCAUCCGCGCAGUGAAGGCUGCAUUUACCCGGAUAAGCAGCGAACGGCUGGGGACAUAUCUUGACCUUGCAGAGGACGAUUUGGCCGCAUAUGUCCAGAAAAUCAGCUGGAGCAUUGAUCCUUCCACUGGGAUUGUUAGCGUCCCACGCAAUCCUGAUAACCACAUCGAGUCUACGGUGGUCCAAGAGAACAUUCAGUUAUCCCAGCUCACAAAGGUUGUUGCUCAUGCUGCACAAACAGUAUAAUCUACAAACCAAAAUGCCAUUGUUCGUGUCAUGUUGUACACACAGCGACAUCGUCACAACACCGCGCCAUCUGUAUACAUGUGUCUUCAGCUUCUCAUUAUAUGUAUCAUGAGAUCGUGAAUGGGCAUCGUAAGUCUAGGAAGAGUUA